AGCCCCCACAUCUACGUAUUCAUCUCCUGCCCGGAGUCUUGGGGACACAGGAAUAACACCUCUCUCCCCUUCCCACAUUGUGAAUGACACUGAUGCUAAUGACUCCGAACAGCAGACGUUUCUGGUGGUGGUGGCCAUCGACUUUGGAACCACCUCCAGUGGCUAUGCCUACAGCUUCACCAAGGAGCCAGAAUGCAUCCACGUGAUGAGGCGAUGGGAGGGAGGUGACCCUGGCGUAUCCAACCAGAAGACCCCGACCACCAUCUUGCUGACGCCCGAGAGGAAGUUCCACAGCUUCGGGUAUGCCGCCAGAGACUUCUACCACGACCUGGACCCCAACGAGGCCAAGCAGUGGCUGUACCUGGAGAAGUUCAAGAUGAAGCUGCACACCACGGGGGACCUCACCAUGGAUACAGACCUGACAGCCGCCAAUGGCAAGAAAGUCAAAGCCCUGGAAAUCUUUGCCUAUGCCCUGCAGUACUUUAAGGAGCAGGCACUGAAGGAGCUGAGUGACCAGGCGGGCUCGGAGUUUGAGAACUCAGAUGUCAGAUGGGUCAUCACGGUUCCUGCCAUCUGGAAACAGCCGGCCAAGCAGUUCAUGAGACAAGCUGCCUACCAGGCGGGCCUGGCCUCCCCGGAGAACUCGGAGCAGCUCAUCAUUUCCUUGGAGCCCGAGGCGGCUUCCAUCUACUGCCGGAAGCUGCGGCUGCACCAGAUGAUCGAGCUCAGCAGCAAGGCGGUGGUCAAUGGGUACCGCGGCAGUGACACAGUAGGAGCGGGGUUUACACAGGCGAAGGAACACAUACGGCGUAAUCGGCAGAGCCGGACUUUUUUGGUGGAGAAUGUCAUAGGAGAAAUCUGGUCCGAGCUGGAGGAAGGUGACAAGUAUGUCGUUGUGGACAGUGGGGGAGGCACUGUAGAUCUGACAGUCCAUCAGAUCCGCUUACCAGAGGGCCACCUGAAGGAAUUGUAUAAAGCAACAGGUGGACCCUAUGGAUCCUUGGGAGUAGAUUAUGAAUUUGAAAAGCUUCUGUGUAAAAUAUUUGGCGAAGAUUUCAUCGAACAAUUCAAGAUCAAACGUCCUGCAGCCUGGGUGGACUUGAUGAUAGCGUUUGAAUCUCGGAAAAGAGCAGCCGCCCCAGACCGAACGAACCCACUGAACAUCACCCUACCCUUCUCCUUCAUCGACUACUACAAGAAGUUCCGCGGCCACAGCGUGGAACACGCCUUGAGGAAGAGCAAUGUGGACUUUGUGAAGUGGUCCUCCCAGGGGAUGCUGAGGAUGAGUCCAGAUGCCAUGAAUGCCCUUUUUAAGCCAACCAUCGACAGUAUCAUUGAACACCUCCAGGACCUGUUUCAGAAGCCCGAGGUGUCCACCGUCAAGUUCCUCUUCCUGGUGGGGGGCUUCGCCGAGGCCCCGCUGCUGCAGCAGGCGGUGCAGUCUGCCUUCGGCGACAAGUGCCGGAUCAUCAUCCCUCAGGACGUGGGCCUCACCAUCCUCAAGGGCGCCGUCCUCUUCGGCCUGGACCCCGCUGUCAUCAAGGUGCGCCGGUCCCCGCUCACCUACGGGGUGGGCGUGCUGAACCGCUACGUGGAGGGCAAGCACCCGGCCGAGAAGCUGCUGGUGAAGGACGGCACCCGCUGGUGCACCGACGUCUUCGACAAGUUCAUCUCUGCCGAUCAGUCCGUGGCCCUGGGGGAGCUGGUCAAGCGGAGCUACACCCCAGCCAAGCCCUCGCAGCUGGUCAUCGUCAUCAACAUCUACAGCUCGGAGCAGGACGACGUGAGCUUCAUCACCGACCCCGGGGUGAAGAAGUGCGGCACGCUCCGCCUGGAUCUCACGGGGACCAGCGGCACAGCGGUGCCUGCCCGGAGGGAAAUCCAGACCCUCAUGCAGUUCGGGGACACCGAGAUCAAGGCCACAGCCGUUGAUAUAGCCACGUCCAAGAGUGUCAAAGUGGGCAUUGACUUCUUAAAUUACUAAGCAUCCCCCCCCUGCCACCUGUCCCCUUGGACCUGACUCAUCUGCAUCCACUGACCUCAACCUCGGCUGCCCUUGACCCGACCUUGACCCUUCUCAUCAUUGCCCACCUGAAUUUCAGCAAGAAAGAUGAGACCAACCAGGGUGAGAAAUAAGCAUUUCUCAAGGACACUUUGGAGUCAGAAAAACUGACAGAAAUUAAGAUCUAGAUCAGGGACUAGGAAAUGCAAGGAUCCUAGAAAAGCAGCUGGUUUUCGUAGGUACCAAAGUGGCAAAAAGAGAAAGUCACUUGAGGAGAUGGAGUCAGUACACUUCCCAGCACUGAUCUGCUUGGCUUUGAACAGAUCCCUGUAGUGUAGAAUU